AUGGGCGAGGACGAGGGGGCCAGCGGCAGCGGCGGCGGCAGCCCCGACGAGGGGCGCGAUGAGAGCCGCGCCGUCGAGCACCGCGGCGAGGGGUCCAGCCAGGCGGCGGAGAUCCGUGAGCUCUUCGACUUUCUGUCCGUGCGGACGGCAGCGCCCAACCAGAAGCGGCAGCCCAAGCGGAACUACACCUUCUGGGGCUCGCAGCCCGUGGCGCAGUUCGAUGACGACCCGGGAUCCACUCCGACAGAAGAUGGAUCCAUCGAGGGCGAGAAGACAGUGGAUGAAGUUCAAAAGGAGCCCUACAAGUUGCCAGCAGGAUACGAAUGGUGCACCUGCGACUUCUCUGAUGACAAGGUCGUCCAAGAGGUCUACAACCUUCUGACAACCAACUAUGUGGAAGAUGAUGACAACAUGUUCAGGUUCGACUACUCAGCUGGUUUCCUCAAGUGGGCUCUCAUGCCACCUGGGUCUCAACAAGAGUGGCUUGCUGGGGUACGUGUGUCUCACAACAAAAAACUUGUUGGGUUCAUCACGGCCAUCCCUGCGACCAUACGGGUGAAGGAACAGGUCCUGCGUAUGGUGGAGAUCAAUUUCCUGUGUGUCCACAAGAAGCUUCGAGCAAAGCGCCUUGCGCCAGUCCUGAUAAAGGAAAUCACGCGAAGGGUGAACCUCCAUGAUAUUUGGCAAGCUGCCUACACAGCAGGCGUUGUCCUGCCCACGCCAGUGGCCACAUGCCGAUACUGGCACAGGUCGCUUAAUCCCAAGAAGCUAAUUGAUGUCGGCUUCUCCAAGUUAGGGCAUCGGAUGACCAUGGCUCGAACAAUUAAGCUCUACCGGCUACCAGAGAGUCCAAGGACCCCUGGCUUUCGACAAAUGCACGAGGGAGACUCACAGGAGGUGCUCAAUCUUCUCUCUGCGUACCUGGAACAGUUCAAACUUGCACCGCAGUUGACUUUGGAGGAGGUUAAGCAUUGGUUGGUCCCUCGAGCUGACGUGAUCGACUCCUUCGUCGUCGAAGGAGCAGAUGGCACCAUCACGGACUUUGCCUCCUUCUACACCUUGCCCUCCAGCAUCCUUGGCCACCCGCAGCACAGCGUGCUCAAGGCCGCGUACAUGUACUACACCGUGCCGGGCGCCACACAGCUGCAGCAGCUCAUGACUGACGUCAUGAUCGAGGCGCGGAGGAAAGGUUAUGACGUGUUCAACGCUCUGGACGUCCUCCACAACCAGCAGUUCCUUAAGGACCUCAAGUUCGGCGAGGGGGACGGCUUCCUUAGGUACUACCUAUUCAAUUGGCGGGUGGUCGAAAAGCUGCAGCCCUCUGACGUCGGUCUCGUUCUGUUGUGA